AUGGCUGCGCCGAUAGGCCCUUCCGGGCCUCUCCCGCCUAACUGGUAUGAAUACCACGACCCGCGCGGCGUCCCCUACUACCACAAUCCGCUUCUGAACAUCACACAGUGGGAACACCCUGCAGCCUCGCCGGCUGCGUCUCCGCCGGCCUCGACCGUGUCUCUGGAGCCUCAGGGGGCGGGAGGGCGCGGCGCGUCUCCUUCUUCGCAGGGAGGCCCUUCGGCGGCGAGCACUGUCGACCUCUCCCUAGGUCAGACGAAUGGAGCCGACCGCGCACAGCCGCAGACGAGCCUCGGCGGACGAGGAAGCGGCGCCGCGCAGCAUGGAUUCCUCUUUCUGGGCGCCGACUCGCUGCAGCGCGACGGACACGGCCGCAAGGGCGAUGGAGCCGUCAACGGCGGCUCUUCUGCGCGGUUGAGCGGCCAGAUUCUUCGGGACUCUGUGGACUUCUCGUCCUACGCCUUCAGCCAGGGCCAGAGGGGCGACGACGCGACGCCGCUGCGCGGGGGAGUGGGUGCUUCGUCGUCGGGGUCGGAGGAGGAAGCUCGGAAAAAGUCCUUUUUUUUCUCAUUCUGCGGAGGCUGUUUCGAGCGGCAAGUUGCACAUCUCAACCGCCUUUUUGACGUCACAACUGCCGAUAUCUCCCUGCGGCUACGCCUCGCACUCAUGCCCUGGAAGGGCCGCGAGGCUCCCGACGCCGCGGGCGCCGCGCCGGGGGCGGGCGACGAACUCGGCGCGCAGGCGGGCGAGAUGAAGGGAGACGCGAGGAGGGACGGUUUAGACGGUUUGGCGUCGUCGUCGGCGCUCGGGGCUUUCGGCUCAGGCGCCGCGUCGUCCGUCUUCCUGGACUCUCCCGACGCGUACGGGCCCUUCUGGGGAGCGACCACGCUCGUGUUACUGUUUUUCGCAUGCAGCAACUUGCCCGUUCUCCUCUGGCCGUCGACGUUCGCGGCGGCGGGGAUCUCCGCCGAUGUCAGGCUGCUCACGCAGGCUGCGAGUUUCGUCUACGCGCUCCUUUUUCUCCCUCCCUUUCUCGUCUGGGCAGGUCUCCUCUGGUACAGACACUAUGCCAGCGAGGAGUCGGACUCGACGGCUGAGGCAGGGACGAGUGCGCCCUUCCCGGCGGCUGGGGCUCCGCCGCAGUUCGAGCAGCUGCUCUGCGUGCACGGUUACGCGCUGGCGCCUCUCUGCGUCUGCGCCUGCCUUCUGCUUUUCUUGGAGCUGCUUCCGCAGCACACCUCUGUGAUCGCGCUGCGGUGGAUGACCGCGGGCAUCGCGGGGGCGGGGGCGGCGCUGUUCCUCUGCGUCCACCUGAAGGCGUUGCUCGCCUCGCAGCCCAAGCCGGCGAAACUCGCCGCGCACGCGCUCCUGAUCCUCUCGGUGUUUGUGCUUCUCUUUCUGCUCUUGCGCUUCUCCGCGACCUCCAGCAGCCUGCCCGCGGCUGCGGAUGCGGGACAGCUGACCCAGGGCGCGGGCCUGUCGCGAGAGGAGGGCGGAGACAGUCCGUUCGCCGCAGUGGGCGAGUCGCAGAGAGCGGGCGCGCGCGGAGGAAGCGCAGACGAAGAGGCAGAGUUCAGGCGAGCGUCGAGGCCGCGCGAGAAGACACUCGUGGCGAGCGGCGCUGAAGAGAGCAGCGAUGAGUCGGACGUGCAUGACGGCGGCCGCGGGCGCGCGGAUGAUGCGUUCGCGAACGUCGAGAAGGAGGAGGGAGAGACAAAGGCGCCGGAGACGAUACAGCGAGACGCGGAGGCGCGCGCGGAAGAGGCGCGGGAGGACGCGUCUGGAAGGCGAGGCGGCGAGGCGUCCAGGGCCCGCGAAGGCAAAGACGCUGUCUCGGAGCCUCAGGAGGAGCCCAGAGAGGCCGGGGUCGUUGGGACCGAGCAGCGCACGGACGGUGACGACGCAGAAGACGGAAUGGAGGCUGAGGAAGCGAGCACACCGAGGUUGAGGCUUUAG